GGGGUGUCGAGGCGUUGCCCGGCAACGGCGACGCGUCCCCGGUCAGGCCCCACCGGGACCGGGACCUGGACGGGCCCCACCGGGGUCCCGGGGCCUUCGGGGUGUUCCUUUAACACUCAGAGCUCUUCAUCCCUCUGUUCCUGGGGCUCAGCCCCAUUUUGGGGCUCCCGCUGCCUUUUUGGGGUCUCCCUAAAACCCUGCAGGCCCUCUCAGGGUACUCCCUCCCCAGGCUCCCUGCUCACAUUUGGGGCUUCCCAAGGUUUCCAUUCCCUUUUGGCACCUUCCCCAAUCCCUCCUGGGGCUCCCUGAGUUUUCCACUCCCUUCCAGGACCAUCUCUCCAUCCCUGACAACUUCACUCCCUUUCAGGCUCCCACUCUCUUUUGGGACCCUCUCUUCCUCCCCAAAGUUCCUGCUGUCUUUUGAGGCUCUCCCUCCACCCCUGAGGCCCCUGUUCCCUUUAAGGGUUCCCGAAGGACUCCACUCUCUUUUGGAGCUCUCCGUCCCUGAGGCCUCCUCAUCUUUCAGGGGCUCUCUUUUGGGACCCUCCAUCCCCAAGCCUCCCACUCUUUUUUGGAGUCUUCCCUGAGGCCCUCACUCCCUUUCGGGUCUCUCCCCAAACACCCCAUUCCUUCCCAAGCCCCCCCUGCUGUGGGGGUCCCCCCUCACCAUGGAGAUCAAGUUCGAGUACACGCGGAAGCGCAGCGACUUUGGGCGGCCCUGCAACUUCUCGGACCUGCCGGCCGAGGUGACCGUGGACAUCCCGCCGGACCCCAGCCUGGCCGAAGACUUCAUCCCCCAGGACCCCGUGGACUUCGCCCUUCAGCACGCGCCCGUCAUGGCUCUGCACGAGGUGAACACGGAGCGGGUGCAGGCGACAUCCCGGGGCAUGAACCACGUGGAGGGCGGGUGGCCCAAGCACAUCGACCCCAAGAACACGGACCUGACCUCCCGCUACAGGGAGGAGGUGGAGAGGGAUGAGAUGUACACCAGAACCAUCCAGCACCUUGGCACCCUGAUGGAGCACUGCAUCAGGCAGAACAAUGCCAUCGACAUCUACGAGGAAUAUUUUGCAGACGAUGAAGAGGAAGAGGGGGUCGAGGAUCCUCCCUCUGCCAAAACCAUCAGUGCCUUCAGGGACCCAAACAAGGUCAGGAGGACGGCCACGCACCUCUCCUGGCACCCCGACUCUGGCAAGGAACUGGCCGUGGCCUACUGCAGCCUGGAGUUCCAGGACAAGAGGAGAGACAUCCCCUGUGAUUCCUACAUCUGGGAUAUGGAAUACCCCUACAAGCCGUUCCUCACCCUCAUGCUCUCGUCCCCUGUGCUGACCGUGGAAUACAAUCCCAAGGACUGGCAUCACCUGCUGGGAGGCUGCUACAACGGGCAGAUAGUGUACUGGGACACCAGGAAAGGGGGGCUGCCCAUGGAGUCGACCCCCCUGGAGCUCAGCCACAGGGACCCCGUGUAUGGAGCAAUCUGGCUGCCCUCCAGAACAGGCACUGAGUGUUUCUCAGCCUCCACAGACGGGCAGGUCCUGUGGUGGGACAUCCGCAAGCUGUCACAGCCCAGCGAGAGGCUGAUCUUGGACAUCACCCGGGAAGACCAGCUGCAGAAUGCCCUGGGUGCCAUCUCCCUGGACUUUUCACUCUCCAUGCCCACCAAGUUCCUGGUGGGCACGGAGCAGGGCAGUAUCAUCAACUGCAACCGCGACGCCAAGACCCCCCCCGAGAAAAUCGCCAACGUCUUCAAUGGCCACAUCGGGGCCGUUUAUGCCGUGGCCAGGAGCCCCUUCAACCCCAAAGUCUUCCUGUCGGUGGGGGACUGGACUGCCCGCAUCUGGUCGGAGGAGAACCUGGACUCGUCAUCAAUUAUGGAGACCAAGUGCCACGUUCCCUACCUGCUGGACGGGUGCUGGAGCCCCGUGAAGCCGUCUGUGUUCUUCACCGUCAAGUCGGACGGGACCCUGGACGUCUGGGACUUCCUCUUCCACCAGAAGGAGCCUUCCCUCAGCAUCAAGAUGAGCAACGAUCCCCUCCUCAGCCUGCGCCCACAGGAGAACGGGCGCAUCAUCGGCUGUGGCACCAGGCAGGGCACCAUCAACAUCCUGGAGAUCUCCUCGGGGCUCUGCACCCUCCGGAAGAACGAGAAGUCCCUGACCUCCACGAUGUUCGAGCGGGAGGCACGGCGGGAGAAGGUCCUGCAGGACAAACAGCGGGAGCUGCAGGUGCGGGCACAGCUCCUGGCAAAGGCCAAGAAGGAAGAGCCGGAGGAUCCCCAGCAGGUGUUCAAGCAGGCCCGCAGGGAUUUCUUCAGUGUCAUCAAGGCUGAGCAGCAGAGGAGGGGAGAGACAGUGUCCCUGAUGUCAGAGAGUCAAGAAGAGCAGGAGGCUGCGUAGGAAUAGGAAAAGGAGGAGAAGGAGAAGGGGGAGGAUGCCAAGGUCAGUGCACUCCAGCUUCGCCUUCCUUUCCCCUCCGUGCCAGAGCUGCUGCUCCAUGGCUCCUGCAGGGAUGAGGCUGCUGGCCCUGAGCUGGGCAGCACUCGUGGGCUCUGUGCCCC